AUGUGUAAAUUUUGUGGUACACGUUUUUGUUCAGAAUGUCUCCGUGGUGAUUUUUAUGGAUUAAUGAAAGCUCCUGAUCAUUGUCGUAAAUGUAAUCAAAUGAAAUGUCAAGGAAAACGUGUUGAAGUUGUUGUAUUUGCACCUGGUACUGAACCAAAAGCGCCAAAAAAAUCAAGCAAAGGUGGAAAAGGUGCAAGCAAAGGCAAAGCAUCAGGAGGCAAAAAAGCAAAAAAGAAGAGAUGA